UUGUGACAAAAAUUCAGAACAGUUCAAGCGCACGCUCAGCAGCGUUCAGAUCGCAUCGCACAACACAACGAGAAUACGAGUAAAAGAAACACACGAAAACAUAUAACAAAUCAAGGUGCUAAGCGGCAACUGAUAACAAAAAGCAAUAAAGACAUCAUCAUCAGAUCAAUCUAUAAUCUGCCAAGGAAUUUGUGUACUCUUCGCGUGUGAAAACCGAAUUGAAAUUGAACAAAACAAGUGCGAAGUGAUCGAGAAGCAGAGCCUGAAAAAUCAUCAUUAACAUUAGAGUUAAACGGAACCUUAAGAUGUUUGCAUACACUUGGCAAGCUUCAGCUGUGAUCCUGCUCGCGGCAAUGGCUCUGUGCACCGCCCGGCCGCAGCUGCAGGAGGUGCCACACGCGCUGCUGGACAUCGAGACACCCAAUCAGUUCAGCUACAGUCCCUCGCCGCUUCAGCAGCCAGACAGCCUGCGCUCCAAGCCAUACUUUGACUUCCUGAGCACACUGUAUGCCCACGACACGGCCAAGUCGAAUCUGUUCCGCCCAUAUUCGGGACGUCCACGUCGCGAUGCACCCAGCCAGAGCCACAGGCAGGAGCGCCAGCGUCGUGCAAUCGUUUUCCGGCCACUGUUCGUGUAUAAGCAGCAGGAGAUCCGGAAACAGGAGAUCAAGGACAGGCAGGCAGAGCGACGCAUUGACCAGCAGGCACACCGCACCGUCCGUCUGUGGUAGGCAAACCAUUGGGCUAGCCAGCAAGCCACCAACCAAGGAUAUGCCAUGUCCAUUGGUCUACUACAGGGUCCUCUAGCACUUAGCCUCUAUUGUGUCCUUAGCGUUAAACAAAGUCCAGCACAAAGCACACAGCACACAGCACUGCAGCACGAUGAGCGGAGGAGCAAUCAUCCAUAUAUAUAGAGUACUUAUAGUAAACACCAUUCGCACCACCACCACCACACCACACCUAUACCACCACCAACACACCCACCAUCCUCGUAGAUUAAGACCCGAUACAAUUGUUAUGCAUUUUUGUUACUGCAAUGUUUUAUGAUUAAAGCUAACAAAACUGAUUUUGAUACGAA